CCCACUGCGCAGCAGCAGCAGCGGCGGCGGACAGACUGAUGGAUGGAUUCAGUCACGGAGCUGCUUGAAGUCACGGAGGAGGACGGUCCGCUGCUCUGGAGGAGCUGAAACGUUCGCCGGUUUGCUGUGGCGCUGUGGGCAUCCUGCUGCCAGGGGAAGGAGAGACCAGCUCUAUAAAAGAAGAGAAAGCCACAGAGGAAAAGAGAAAGCGACAGCAGGAGCAGGACUUUCCCCCACACUCUCUCCUCUCUGCUCUCCACAGCUCACCGAGAUGAAGCUGAAGGAGGACCUGAACCCGAUGCUGCUGCUCCUCUUCCACCUCAUGGUGUCCGUCUACACCGUCAUCACCUUCCUGCCUUCCUACCUCCUCAGCUGGGUCUCCCAGCCCGAUGGGGGCUUCUACGGCUCAGAGGAGGAGCGAGCCAAGAGGGCCAAGGCUCGCUCGCUCGAAGGGUGUCCUGAGGGACCGUACCGAGCGGUGAGCGCCACCAAGAGGCUGGUCACGUCGCUGCACCCUGGAGUGGACACCCUGGAUAAGGUGUUUGAGUAUGCAGCCACCAGGUUCCCCCACAGAGACUGCCUGGGCACGAGGGAGGUGAUGAGUGAGGAGGACGAGCGACAGGGCAACGGGAAGGUGUUCAAGAAGGUAGUUCUGGGCGAGUACCGCUGGCUCUCCUACCAGGAGACCCUCACGGCGGCGACCCAGCUGGGCAGCGGUCUGGCGUCGCUGGGCCAGCGGCCAAAAACCAACAUCGCCAUCUUCUGUGAGACACGAGCGGAGUGGAUAAUAGCUGCUCAGGCCUGCUUCAUGUACAACUUCCCACUGGUCACCCUUUACUCCACACUGGGAGGCCCGGCCAUCGCUCACGGGCUGAAUGAGACUCAGGUCACCCACAUCAUCACCAGCAGAGAGCUCCUGGAGACCAGACUCAAGGCUAUCCUGAUUGAAGUUCCGAGGCUGCAGCACAUCGUCGUCGUGGACAACACGCCGACCACGUGGCCCGGCUAUCCACGAGGCAUCGGCGUCCACAACAUGGCUGCGGUUCAGAAGCUGGGAGCCAGACCUGAGAACGCGGCACGUGAGCGAAAGCAGCCGCUGCCCUCGGACAUUGCAGUCAUCAUGUACACCAGCGGAUCCACAGGCAUCCCAAAGGGCGUCAUGAUCUCCCAUAGCAACAUCCUCGCUGGCAUCACAGGAAUGGCCGAGAGGAUACCCAACCUCUGUGAGGAGGACACCUACAUUGGCUACCUUCCUCUGGCCCAUGUACUGGAGCUGAGUGCAGAGCUGGUAUGUGUUUCCCAUGGAUGUCGGAUCGGCUAUUCAUCACCUCAAACUCUGGCUGACCAGUCAACCAAGAUCAAGAGAGGAAGCAAAGGAGACACCAGCGUCCUGCGGCCCACUCUGAUGGCAGCUGUCCCGGAGAUCAUGGACCGCAUCUACAAGAACGUGAUGACCAAGGUGGAGGAGAUGAACUGCGUCCAGCGAACACUCUUCAUUUUGGCCUACAACUACAAACUGGAGCAGCUUUCCAAAGGUUACAGCACGCCACUGUGCGACAGGUUGGUGUUCAGGAAGGUCCGUUCUCUGCUGGGAGGUCGGACACGAGUGUUGUUGUCAGGCGGAGCGCCGCUCUCAGCAGCCACGCAGCGUUUCAUGAAUGUGUGCUUCUGCUGUCCGGUGGGUCAAGGUUACGGCCUGACGGAGACCUGCGGCGCUGGAACCAUCAGUGAACUGUGGGAUUACAGCACUGGGAGAGUGGGAGGACCGCUGGUUUGCUGUGAGAUCAAGCUCAAGGACUGGGUGGAGGGGGGCUACCGCAGCACCGACAAGCCCCAUCCCAGAGGAGAGAUCCUCAUCGGUGGACCCAAUGUCACCAUGGGAUACUACAAGAAGGAGGCGAAGAACCAGGAGGACUUCUUUGUCGAUGAGAACGGCCAGCGGUGGUUCUGUACGGGAGACAUCGGGGAGUUCCAGGAGGACGGGUGCCUCAAGAUAAUCGAUCGUAAGAAGGACCUGGUGAAGCUGCAGGCGGGAGAGUACGUCUCCCUGGGAAAGGUGGAGGCCAUGCUGAAGAACUGUGCUCUGAUCGACAACAUCUGUGCCUACGCCAACAGCGAUGAGACAUAUGUGAUUGGCUUUGUGGUGCCCAAUCAGAAGCACCUGCUGGCUCUGGCUGACCAGUACGGUAUCCGAGGGUCAUUUGAGGAGCUGUGCAGCAGCAAAGCCGUGGAGGAGCUGGUCCUGAAGGUCAUCACUGAGGCUGCACUAGCGGCCCAGCUAGAGCGUUUUGAGAUCCCUCGCAAGAUCUGCCUGAGCCCAGAACCUUGGACCCCCGAGACAGGACUAGUGACUGAUGCGUUCAAGCUCAAACGCAAGGAGCUGAAAACGCAUUACCAGGACGACAUAGAGAGGAUGUACGGUGGCAAGUAACAAGAAGGACCAGCACAGAACUGUUGAUUCUCAAAGCUCAGACCAAACCAACACUUGCCUCUGACACUCUCAGUGCUCUCUCACCUCCCCCCCCGUCCUCUCCCCCAUCGAUUAGAGACCUCCAUCUGUGGUAAACCCUAAUGUCUCAAAGAUAAACCAGCCUCACUAUGGAAGCAGCUUUUACUUGAAUUUGUCACAGCAGACAGGCUGAGAAAGUGUUUGAAAGAGAACACAUCCCUGUCCACUCCUGCCUUUCCCCUCUUCCUUCUUCCAGGUGUGUGACCCCUUUGUGUGGAUCUUUAUUGUUCCAGAUGUGAGUUAUGAAACAGAGUUAGCUCACGUCGCCUGUUGAACUCUUGUCGGAGCGCCACAGCAGAAUCUCAGGUCGGUUUGUUGCUUUGUGCUCACCCACAUGUUAGUCCUAAGUUAAAUUCUCUUCUAAUCUUUUGACUUCAAACCUUCUGCUCGCUCUUAUUCCACAUUUCCUGCCGGUCAGGAGAGAGUUAACGUCUUUGUUUCUCUUUUCUUUUUGUCUUUAACUUGGUUUAUUUUAUCUCCCACCCACAGUCAGACUGUGACGCUCACGCUCGUGGGGCGUCGCUCUCAUCAGCACGUGUUGAUACCAAAAGCACAAAGUCAUUCGAGGGCAAAAGAGCAGGUUGGUAAAAAAUAAUAAGCUCCUAACUGGUCUAAUGGUUUGUGUCUUUCAGUCUAACAGUGAGGCUGGAAAAUGACAAGAUUGAAACGACUUAUUUUGAAAUAAAACAAACAGAAGUGCACUAUUGUUUAGCCUGUUAGUGGAAUCCUCCUACGCUGAGUGACUUUUCUAUGUGUUCAGACACAAAAAUGCACAUUUGCUCGUUUCUAUUACGGAUGAAAUUACUGUGUAAUCAUGGUUGAUGAAUCAGUGCAAUAUGAGGAUGUAUCAUUUCUAAGCAGGGCGACUUCAGUGUGCGUGGCUGACAUUUAUUCUGUUUGAAGCCUUGUCACAUAUCUGGCGUCAUCACAAACGCCUCCAGUGUCCCUCACAGCGUCGCACCUGUUGCCUUUUAUUUUGUGAGUAACGCCUUUGUAAUUCCUGACUGAUUUUUAAUUGGAUGUUCCUCCUUAAUCGCCCGUGUUCUUAUGUGGAGCUGUGAUCAGAAGUGUGUCGUCUGUGUGUUAACUGAAGCUUGGUUGUCACAGACCAGUCAUGGAGCUCCACUCUGCCUUGUAACAUAAGUGCAUCCCACUAUUUAUUUGUAAUUUACCUUUGGAAAAAAAACACACUCAAAUGAAGUAAAUAAAGAUUGUGUUCUGUCCAUG